CCGAGUUUGACACGUAUUCGCGCACUAUUCUGUUACUGAAAUGUUCUAUUCCAUGUAUCAGGCUCAGGGUCGCGGCCUCGCGCCCUCGCGAUACAAUUUGUACUAUGCAGCAGAUAGUUUUGAUGUAUAAAUAAAAUAUGGUUUAUAGCAAUAACCACAAAAUAAUUUUACAAAUAUUUAUGAAUGAAGGUUUUUUAAAUGAAAAUAAAGUAAAAGAAUUCGUUAUUAAAUUAUUUAAUGAUGAUAAAGUAUCAAUAAUAAUAAAUCAAAUAAAUGAGCAAUUACAACCUUUAAACAUGUUAAUUAAAAAAGCAUGGUGUGAAAUUACAGGCCAGAUAUAUUGGAUUUUAAUAAGCACUGUAUUUGAUGAAAUAACCAGAUUUCAAUCUGAAUUUUCAAAAGAUCAACUAGCUUUAUUAAGAAAUAUAUUUUCUGAAAUUAUAACAUCAAAUAAUGGAUGUAUACAAAGUACAAUAUGUUUAAAUUUAUGUUCUUUGCCAGAUAUAAAAAUAUCAAAAGCAAAAGCCGAAGAAUUUCUUAAUGAUAUAGUUAAUAGAAAAUGGUUGGCUUAUAAGGAUGGUUAUUAUUAUAUGGGUGUAAGAAGUAUAACAGAAUUAAUGCCAUAUUUUAAAGCCACUUAUGAAAAUAAUUUAAAUAUUUGUAAUCUUUGCAAACAAAUCAUUUUCCAUGGUAAAAAAUGUAAUAAUUGUGAAACUUCCUUUCAUUUAUAUUGUUUAAAGAAAUUUAUUAUGAUUUAUAAUUCCAUAAAGUGUUCUAAUUGUAACACAGUGAUUUCAGAUAUUGAUUUAUCUGGUAUAUCAGAUGACUGUGAUCUAACAGAAGAAAGUAUGGAUAAAAUAAAAUUAUCUAAUAAAAAAUUCUCAAGAAGAAAAAAUUAAAUAUAGUUAAACUAUAAAACAUUUUUUAUAAAUAUAUUUUAUUAUCGUA